GGCCUGUUUUCAGCUAAGUCCAUAUCGUCGAGCCUCGCGCCUUUCACACAAGCAUGAGUCAGCGCAAGUCCAGCGGGUUUGAUACAGGAUCUCACCAGGCGCAGCGGAAGACAACGGCCAGGUUGAGCCAGGCAAUUGCGACCUUGGCUACGGCGGUCCAGGCUAGUGGCACAUGUACAGGUCCGGAUCACUGGAUACCAACGUCCGACAACCUCCGCUCCUACUGUACAUACCUGUCGCCCCGAGUCUUGAAAUUAUGUGGAACGUACUCGUCUCGCCGGAAGCUCGGGCCGCAGGUCAAGCAUUGCCGACGAGGACAGCGUCGAAGACAAGGGCGACGCUGCGCACGACGAGAAAGAUUCGAACCCCUUGUCAUCGAGCCAUCUGAAGCCGAAGACGGUACUGCACACUGCGAAGAACGGCCCCUUACCACCGACCUAUCCAAUCGCAUACCCAUAGAAGUCUUUGAAAAUGUCAUCGAACACAUGAACCAGCGCACGCUCUGCAACUCUGCGUUGGUUUGUCAGGCAUGGAACCCUCGUGCCAGUUGUAUUCUCUACCUCACCGUCAUCAUCAAUUCGCGCGCGGGCUACGACUUGUUGGUGAGGCAGCUACGCACGUCGCCCGUGUCCAGCGAUGGCUGCAGUCCACACACGAAGUAGCGCUCGGGGAAUUUGGACCGACUCAGGAUCCCCUUCCUAGACCCCUUCCCCUGGUCUUCGGCAUGCGUGCCCUGCCUGCAGGUGCUCAAUAUCGGUACAUUCUGCGCCCAAUAUGCAUCCGACUUUCCAUAUGCCCUGCGUCAGCUCCAGCACAUCGUGUCGUUGCGUCUGCAUCAUAUCGAACUGAGCAACGUUGUCCAGUUGCGCCGAUCGUCUGGCGUUCAUUGUCUGAAGAGCUUGCUUUGGACGACGUGCUACUCGUCCAGCCACAGCCACCACCGUCGGUGGUGCAGGCUCCAAGACGACCCUUUCCGAGGUCCCUGCGAUGUCCGGCUCAAGCGAUUCCGGUCGCAGCAGACUCCGAGAAUACAUCAAGACGUUCGACGGAU